UGUGCUCAAGGCGCUGCCUCCUCUCAAAUAGCUCAGCAGAGAGCAGAGACACGCACUCUACCGCCCAGAACCUAGACAUACUGGUCUUAAGACACACUGGACUUCUACAAACACCUGAGUGAUGGCAAAACACCAUUAGGACUACACUUUGGCGUUUGGACUUCUCGGAACCUGGAUGGACCCGAAUGAACCUGACUGGUCAAACGUGGCAAAGCACUUCGCCCCAAACGGUUUCAGCUCACCGCCUGACCAGGGUUACUUAAAGUUUGCUGGCCGCCACCACAGCGGAGGAGAGGGCAGCUCAGGGUCGGAAGAAAGCCUGAGAUUGGCGGAAUCCUCGGUUCCCACUCUGGACACGAACAGAAGCCAUCUCCUGCAGCGGAGGCCGGUAGACGCCUGUCUUCCCUUUGGACACACUACACAAGAACACGCCACCUUCAUGACGGAUCUGGAUCAGACAGGCAAACUGUUUCUGCCCAGAGGGAUUAAAAGGGAAUAUGUGACACAUCCAUCGAUUGAUAUGUACCAAAGUUUGCCUGUGGCAUCCGUGCAGGGUCCGAGUACCUACCCCCACGAUGUUCCUAACAACUUCAUGCACUCCAGUACAAGUUCACCCGUCUAUGUUCCCACUACCAGGGUCAGCUCCAUGAUCCAGACCAUUCCCUAUCUCCAAGGUGGCGGAUCGAGCCAGCAGAGCCACCCCGUUACUAACCACUCGGUCUGGACACAACCUGCCUCGGAAAGCUCAACCUACAGCUCUAGCAGACCUCACGAAAUGGUUUCCAGCAGAUUCUCCUUCUCCCCCAGCCCGCCCAUUUCAAACGGAGCUUCUCGAGAUUCUGGCUACCAUAACAGUCUGAAUGGCAGAGAUCAGUACACUGGCGCUUUGGCCAGGCCUCUUAAUGGAUCUUAUCCCAGCCCUUACACUUCUUACGUUGGGCCGCAGUUGGCUUCGGCAUGGACUGCAGCAAGUUCCUUUGAAAGCCCGAUGCUGCAAAGCUUGCAAAGCAGACCUACAACCAUACCAGUGCGGGGACCCAAUGGAGAGCUGCUGGAGGAGCUGUCCGAAGCCCGCGAAUGUGUCAAUUGUGGCUCCAUGUCCACUCCCCUGUGGCGACGCGACGGCACCGGCCAUUACUUGUGCAACGCCUGCGGUCUGUACCAUAAGAUGAACGGGCUCAGCCGACCUCUUAUCAAACCUCAGAAGAGAAUGUCCUCCACCAGGCGAAUUGGUCUGGCUUGUGCCAACUGUCAUACAACUACUACCACUUUGUGGCGCAGAAAUGCAGAGGGCGAGCCCGUCUGCAAUGCUUGUGGACUUUACAUGAAACUUCAUGGGGUUCCAAGGCCACUGGCAAUGAAGAAAGAAGGAAUCCAGACUAGAAAAAGAAAACCUAAAAAUUUAAGCAAGUCCAAGGGCACUUCAAGUACAAGCAAUACAGUCACCAUGACUCCAUCUUCUUCAUCGUCAUCUACAUCCAAUCAGGAGGAGGUACCUAGAGUGAAAAGUUGCUCACCCUCUAGCCAGACUACAGUUGCAGCUUCAGGGGACUAUCAACCCUUCCAGCAGGCAAUGUGGACAGACGAUGAACAGCUCCAUGGAGUCAGAUAACAGCAGAUCUCUGAAUAUAACUUCCACCCUCUCUCCAAGGAAAGGCACAUCCUCCAGCAGCCAGUAAAGCUGCCUGCUUAUUUUGGAUCUGUUUAGUUUUAUUUAACAAAAAAAAAGCUGUGAUGAGUACUUUCAGAAUAUCGAUGAACCAGAUGCCAAAACUGAUGCAAAGAAACAGCAGAGGAAUGUUCAGUACUGUAGUCAAUAGUAAACUGACAUUACCUCACUUUUGCUGGUGUGCUUGAUGGAAUCAAACCUCCCACAUUACUGUUUGUUCCUGCAAUGAUUCUGUGUGGAAACAAGUUAUUUUUGAAAUGACAACUGACACUGAAGGUUAGUUAAUGCAAUGUGAAUUCUGAAAGUUCCCAUGUAGUCAUUGACUUCACGAUGGUCAGUGUUUAUGAAACAGGGUAACAAGCGGAUGCAUUCUUCUACAUAAUGAAAAUUUCAUUGUACAAAACAAAAUGCAAUUAGCAUUGCAGUAAUCAGUGUUAAUUCAAAAUGGUUCAAAAUUAAACAACCUUCUUGUAAUGAAUGUAAACCUUCUAAGUUAAUGGUACUUAUGUAAUUUAAAGAAAAUAACUAAUUCUGUAUCUGCAACAGGAUACUUCAUUCAUUUUCUGUCUUUUAAGAAUCAUCCGUGUAGUCUUUUUGGUAGUUUGGGAAAAGAAGCAUUAUGUUAAGAACAAAUUUCCUCUCAGGUAAAUUUGAUGUUGUAUUACCUUUUGUAAGUUUUGUAAAGAAAAACAAGUCAAUAUCAUCUGUCUAUAGGUUAAAUGUAUGCAAGACAAAAUGAAAUGCAAACUUUACUACCUAUGUGAUGAAGUGUAAAUACUUUACUGAAACAAUUGUCUUGAGGAUUGUUGGCUCUGAUAAAGCAAAGUGUAUAGAAAGACAAUCUGGUAUUUAGGCCGGUCCAUGCAUUUUUAUUGUCAUUGCUUGUAUUGUUAUUUGUUCCUUGAAAACAGAUUAAAAGGCGACAUUUUUGAAAAUAUUUUUGGUCUCUUGUUCCUUUCCUUUCCGUGCCUUGUGGCGCAUCGAAGCCAUUUCUUCUGCAUUUUUGUCUAUUUUUUUAUGAGGCCGAGUUGCUAGCUUGAUGCUCAGCCCAGGUGGAUGGGAAGCGUGCAAGAAGCCGACCAGAUUUGAAACUGGGACCUCUCGCCUUGAAGUCUGGUGCAGAUGCCACUGCACCACCGGUUGGUAAUAGUCCUUUAUUGCUCUAUCAUUAGAGCUCUCAGUAAAAACACAAUGAUCUCAAACUUCUGAUUCAGGGACAAAAAAAUUCAGGGAUUGUGAAGUAUUCACUGUUGAGUGUAAUUAGAAGUAUGUUUCUUGCUUUAACUUAUGUACAUUCAUUCACAUUUGUAGGAGUCACUUUUAUUUGUUUAAAAACACAUAGUUUUGGACAGUGGUUUCAUCACAUUUACUAACCUUGACU